UUUCCUCGCAGUUUCUCCGUGUUCAAACCGGCAUCUCGAUUGGAAGGAAACCGGGCCGAAGAGGCGGCGCCGCCGCGGGCGGCUGAUAUGGAGUCGUUCUUCGCCGGUGAGGUUGCAACGGAGUUGAUUAAGGAGCUUGUGAAAGUGAUCCGAGGUACCUACCUCUGCCGGCCGGCGGCUGAGCAGCUGAAGCGCUCCGUGGACUCGCUGCUUCCCAUCGUUCAGGAGAUCCGCCACUCAGGCGUCGAGCUCCCUCAGAACCGUCAGUCUCAGCUCUCCGAUCUCGCUGACCACCUCCGCCUCGCCCUUGACCUCGCCCGCAAGGCCGCUGCCUCCCCGCGCUGGAAUGUCUAUCGCUCAGUGCAGCUUGCUCGAAAGAUGGAGUGCAUCGAAAGUUGGAUCUCCCGCUGGAUCGAGCGCCAUAUGCCCGUCCACGUCCUCGCCGACGUCCACCACAUCCGUGUUGACUACGCUGCCCGCCUAGACCGCAUCGAGCGAGCCCUCAGUGUGGCAGCUUCCUCCCCGGUGGUAGCCACCGCCUCGAAAGUUCCGAUGGAAUUAGGGAGCGCGUCGUUCUCGGGAUUCCCGCUGCCGAAGACGAUGGAGGGAUUUGCGCAGCCCUCUGCGGAGCCCGUGAAGGCGCCGUUCGCGAUCGGGAAUAAGCUAUCAUCUGGUUUCCCGAUGAUGGAGCAGUUUUUUACCUCACCGGAUGCUAGGAAAGUACCCGUGGCGAUGGGGAAGUCACCGUCUUCUGGGUUCCGGGUUGCAAAUAUCAUGGACGGGUUGAUGCUAGCAGGAGAAGAGGUGAAGCCUGUGGGAGCCGGAAUCAGGAUAGGAAAGGAGAAGGUGAAGGAGAUGCUGAUGGAGGGCAGUGCUAGCGACGCAGUGGUUGGAAUCUCCGGAAUAGGAGGGAGUGGCAAGACGACGCUCGCCAGGGAGAUAUGUAAAGAUCCAGAGAUUCGAAGUUAUUUCAACGAUAGAAUUUACUCUGUGACGCUCUCGCAAUCUCCAAAUUUGGAAAGUUUAAAGUUAAAGCUGUGGGAACAAAUUAGCGGCAAUAUGGUUCUUGGUGCUUACAAUCAAAUUCCAAAGUGGCAGAUGGAGUUGGGGGCCAUAGACAAAGGAUCAUUUCUAAUAAUAUUGGAUGAUGUGUGGUCCCUCUCCGAGCUUGAAGAACUUAUUUUCAGAGUUCCAGGCUGCAAGAUUCUUGUGGUUUCACGGUUCAAAUUCCCUCUGGUUGUUAAGAAAACUUAUGAGAUAGAAUUGCUAGGAGAAGAGGAUGCUUUGUCACUCUUCUGCCAUGCUGCUUUUGAGCUGAAAUCUGUACCAUUUACUAUUGACAAGAAGUUGGUAAAGCAGGUUGUCAAAGAGUGCAAAGGGCUUCCUCUGGCUUUAAAGGUUAUUGGCGCUUCUUUGCGAGAUCAGCCUCCAAAGUUUUGGUUAAGAGCCAAAAAUAAGCUUUCUCAAGGAGAAGCUAUAUGUGAAUCCCAUGAAAAUAAAUUGAUAGAACGAAUGUCAUCAUCCAUUGAGUUUCUGUCAGUGAAAGUGAGGGAGUGUUUCUUAGAUCUUGGAUGUUUUCCAGAAGACAAGAGGAUCCCUAUAGAUGUUCUGAUCAAUGUAUGGAUGGAGCUCCAUGAUCUUGAUGAAGAAGAUGCUUUUGCCAUGCUAGUGGAGCUUUCGAAUAAGAACCUUUUAACUCUGUUAAAGGAUGCACAGAGCAGAGCUGGAGAUAUCUAUAGCAGUUAUGUGGAGCUUUCUGUUACCCAACAUGACUUAUUGAGGGACUUGGCUCUUUAUGUGAACAAUCAAGAGUCCUUAAAUACCCGGCGUAGGUUAAUUAUGUCAAAGAGGGAAAAUGAACUUCCCAAGGAAUGGGAGCGAAAUAAGGAUCAGCAGUUUGAGGCGCAGAUUAUUUCCAUUAACACAGGCGAAAUGAAAGAAUCAGAUUGGUUUCAGAUGCAUUUUCCCAAGGCAGAGGUACUAAUUUUGAGUUUUUGUGCGGAUGUGUACUUCUUACCACCCUUCCUCAGUACCAUGCCUAAGCUGAGGGCUCUGAUCUUGAUCAACUAUGGUACAUCAUGUGCAUCACUUCAGAAUCGCACCAUAUUCACAUCUUUAAUUAACUUGAGGAGCCUCUGGCUUGAGAAAAUAACUGUCCCACCAUUGCCAAAGACCACAGUUCCCUUGCGCAACUUGCGAAAAGUAUCUCUUAUUCUAUGUGAACUAAAUGAUAGCCUCAGAGGAUCUAAAGUGGAUCUUUCAUCAACGCUACCUCGUCUCUCUCAUCUAUCAAUUGAUCAUUGUGUUGAUGUUACCAAGCUUCCCCCUUACAUCUGCAACAUAACCUCACUCGAGUGUCUAAGCAUCUCUAACUGCCAUGAUUUAUCAGAACUGCCUUGUGAAUUCGGUAAGCUAAGUUCCCUGAAGAUUCUAAGAGUGUGUGCUUGCCCUUCUCUUAAGAGCUUACCCCAGUCUAUCUGCCGGUUGAAAGGACUGAAGUAUCUCGACAUUUCUCAGUCCUUUAAUCUCCGAGAGCUACCAGAAGAGCUUGGCUAUAUGAUGAGCUUGGAGAAGAUUGAUAUGAGAGAAUGUUCUCAAUUGAAAACUCUUCCUAGAUCCUCAUCAUCCUUGAAGUCUCUUGGGCAUGUGAUUUGUGAUGAAGAUAUUGCUUUGUUAUGGAAAGAGGCAGAAAUAGAGAUACCAGAUCUACGCGUCCAGGUAGCUGAAGAAAGUUUCAACUUGGAUUGGCUGGUAGAGUAGUCCUACUUGUUCACUUCUUUCUUACUUAUAACCGUAACUAUGAGGUGUACAUAUGUAGUCUACUUGACAAAAGAGAUUAGGACAGCAUGAUUAAAACUUUUACCAUCUAAACAAGCAACUAAUCAGUAUUUUAUGUCUGAAUCGAGAAAUUCUUUUCAUUCUGUUCUUGUCACUGUAAAGGACAGAAUUAAAUUUGAUAUUUUUAAGUAUGCAUAUUGCAAAUUGUUGUGACAA